AUGUCCGCUCUCACCAUCUUCUUCAACCUGGUCAACCUGGUGGUGGGUGGCCUCAUCGCCGCCGCCGGUGUCCUCCACUGCAUCAGUGCCCUGACCCAGCACAUUUCGGUGGGCUUCACGCUCUUUGUCAUUGGCAUGUACCUCUGCUUCUUUGGCGUGGUGAUUAUUCUCACCGAGAUGUGGAUCCCCACUCUCGUCAGCCAGUACUGCGGCUUCCUCAUGUCCUUCCUCGGCAAGGGCUUCUCCUACAUCUUCCUCGGCUUCCUGAUCAUCGGGCCCCCGGAGGCCACCUUUGACUUUGUGGUCGGCCUCAUUGUCAUCAUCAUCGGCGUGGUGUACAUCAUCUUCCAGUUCUGCCCGGUCCCCCGGCCACGCCCGAUCACCGCCUGCGCCGGAAACGGCCAGUCCUCCCCUCGACAGACCUCCUCGGCCAAGACCACCACCCGCACCACCCAGACCGUCUGA